AUGAUGUCCAUGAACAGCAAGCAGGCGUUCAGCAUGCACCCCAUCCUGCACGAGCCCAAGUACCCGCACCUGCACACCAGCUCCGAAGCCAUCCGCAGAGCCUGCCUGCCCGCCCCUCAGAUCCAGGGGAACAUCUUUGCGGGCUUUGACGAGACGCUGCUGCGGGGCGCCGAGGCUCUGGCCGCCGUGGAUAUCGUGUCGCAGAAAACGCACCCCUUCAAGCCGGACGCCACCUACCACACCAUGAGCAGCGUGUCCUGCACUCCUACCUCGUCCUCCGUGCACCUGCACCACCCGUCCGUGCUGACCACGCACCACCCGCACCACCACCACCACCAGCCCUCGCAGGGCCUGGACGGGGAGCUGCUGGAGCACCUCAACUCCGCCCUGCCGCUCGGAGGGGUGCCGGGCCCCGACGUGGGCUCCACGCCUUCGCACCCGCACUCCCACAUGUCGGCCAUCAACCACAUGGCCCACCACCCGCAGCCCAUGAACAUGUCCCACCCCCACGGCCUCGCGUCCCACGCCGUCAUCUCCGGCCCCGAGACCGAGACGGACCCGCGGGAGCUCGAGUCCUUCGCCGAGCGCUUCAAGCAGCGCAGGAUCAAGCUGGGGGUCACCCAGGCGGACGUGGGCUCCGCGCUGGCCAACCUGAAGAUCCCGGGGGUGGGCUGCCUCAGCCAAAGCACCAUCUGCAGGUUCGAGUCGCUCACCUUGUCCCACAACAACAUGGUGGCCCUCAAGCCCAUCCUGGAAGCGUGGCUGGAGGAGGCGGAGAGGGCGCAGAGGGAAAAAAUGACCAAACCCGAGAUCUACACGGGGGGGGACAAGAAGCGCAAGCGCACCUCCAUCGCCGCCCCCGAGAAGCGCUCGCUCGAGGCCUAUUUCGCCGUGCAGCCCCGGCCCUCCUCCGAGAAAAUCGCCGCCAUCGCCGAGAAGUUAGACUUGAAGAAGAACGUGGUGCGGGUCUGGUUUUGCAAUCAGAGACAGAAGCAGAAAAGGAUGAAAUUUUCUGCCACCUACUGA